AUGGAAUUUUGGGGGGUUUCACCAGGCUUGUUGCUGCCUGAAGUGCGGCAAAGAGAUUCUGUGAACUUGGAGGAUGAUGAUGAUUACAGCUCGGACAGUUCCGUUGGUGAACACUCUCAGCAGCAACUACAGCAACCGCAACGACAACAAGAGGCGCGUUUAAUGGCUCGGCGCAGGCGACCACCAAGGCCUACUUCGACUGCUGAGGUGCGUGAUAUAGCUGCGAACAGAUGCGCUGCCGUUUAUCCGGAGGCAUAUCGUUAUUGUAACAAGCCUAUGCAGAAGAACCUGUGGAAUCAGGCACGUGGAUUUUAUCCAUUUGGUUAUUUGCAUAUGGGGGCAGAGGGUAUGACUUCUCUGAACUUGGAGGAUUUGGUGAAGUAUAGUUCUGCGGAUGUUCUCUCUAGGGCGUGGCCCUUGCUCCCUGCUAAUGCCAAAAAUCUAACUUUUGCCCCGUUUUCACCUCUUCCAGAGAUUCCCGAUAUAUUAAAUGUGCGUCAUCCAGACACGGAUCAAGUCGCCCGUUUUAUGCGACUUACUGCUGUUGAAAUUACCCGACGCAACACACUUCCCACUCUAGUUUUCCUUCGCUCAUUGCUUGUGAAGGGAGCUGUUAGUCUGAGGGCAAAAAAGGCGGCGGAUGCUUCUGUUGCUCUUACCGCAUACUCCGAGGACUUGCUAUGCUCGAACUGGGAAGAUGAGGGCUCAGAAACUGCUGAAGGAAUGGAUGAUGACAAUAACCGUGUGGAUGGUGAAGGGCGGAAUUCGGGUGAUGUGGAUAUUCCUUUCAAUGACGUUUAUCACGUGGAUUCCCUUGAUUGGACCAUGGCUGUUUUGUAUGAAUCGAUGCAACCCAAAGUAAGUCUACAAGUUCUUCGUUUUCUUCAUAGUGUUGUGGACCGCUGUGGUUUGAACUCUGCAAGUGCGACACUGCAAUCAUGGGGGUUUCAGCGGUUGACGCGGAUGCUGCUUCUCCAGGCUGAAAGGGAAACCGCCUCGGCGCGGGGAUCCGGCAACCGUCAAGGUGACGCCUGGUUGAGGAGUGCAGUUGCACUUUUGUUUAAACUUGUUUUGGCCUCCAAAAAACUUGACAUGCUUUUAUCUCUUUUUAGGUGGGUCUAUCGUAACCCAGAGAUGGCAGAGGAAUUACCACUACACGGAAUUCGGCCAUGGAUCAUUUCUAUAGAGGCAUUUAUGCUACCACGCAUGCGGCUUUCAUUUCCCUUCUCUCGGGUAAAGUCAUACAUUCCGCUGGCUCAUUCACUCGGUUUGGACUUUUCACGAAACAUUCUUGGUGUUUGUGUCGUGCUGCACAAUGACGAACCACACGGUAUUCUCCUGACAAGGAAUGGAAUUUACAAGAUGCUGUUAAAGCCACCCUACAAUUUUCUUGCCAGGAAUGAGGACAAUCAUCUGAAGGAAUGCCACGGGGUUUUUCUGGAGAAUGACAAGGUUGCUGUACAGUCGGAACGCGCCGGGGUGGUGACAUUUUACGACGUGGAAACGCUACAGGUGCGCCAUGUGCUGGACGUCCGCGGUGCUCAGGCAACUGAGGAGUUUCAGGUGUAUUACGGAAUGGGAAAAUUUGUGUCACUUCAUUUUUUCCACGACGCUCAUUCACCUUUGUUUGCAGGCUUUGACCCAUCUAUGAAAAUAACAGGGACUGUGGAGCCGAGUGUGAUUCAUAUUGCACCUCUGACACAAUCUCUUACUGUUCAGUUCUUUUUGUAUAUUCAGCCAACUUUGCAAAGCACCUCACUUGAGCUUAUUAACCUAAAUUUCUCUGGAAGGGAUUGGCUUUCGGUGCGAAUAGAAGUGGACGGAAGCAACUCAUGUGUAUGCAUUGCAUUUGCUCACUGUGGUAGUGUGAUGACAGAAAUUCAGGAGGCUAUGCAGGAGGGAUGGACCCUGUGGAGCGCCACUCUAACUUCUUCGAAUAAUGUGGCAGGCUGGAAUGUCAGCAAGGAUGGCGUGCCACUCGAGAGCAGUGGAAGCGAAGAUGUUAUGUUUAAAACGACUGCACCAGCGGCGGCUUCUAUUCGCUUUUUGGAAGGGUCAUUUAGUGGAUAUAUCUCUGGGUUUCAAAUAUGGCACCGAACCGAGCCUAUCAGUGAGCUUGUUACAAGCGAAGCCGAAGGCUUUUUUCGCACGUCCGAGACCAAUCUGUUAUGCUCUUUCAAAAUGAAUGAGGGUGCUGGAUGCUGUUUUAGAAGCGCUAACGGGACGCAUGUUUGGCGGGGAACAGCUCCAACUUGGCGUGCGCCGCAGAAGUCAGCCCGCAGAAGGGCUGUGGAAGAGUCGGAGGUGAUCCCAUAUAUUCCUGCCGCGGAUUAUUAUGUUGUGACGAAUGAGUGCGAAAUCGCUAUAGUGGAAAAUGGAUUUUGCACGUGGGCAGAUGAGAAUGGGCGCGUAUUGGAGCAGCGAUGUUUGAGUGUGAGGCCGAGUGAAUUGUACUAUUUCUGCACCCACACCAGCCGAAUGUAUAGUAUUGUUUCCGACAAGAGUGGCUUUUGCAGUCUUUGCUGGGUUCAGGCACCAUCGUUUCCUACGAGGCAUGUGCAUGUCCUUCCAAGCAUGAAGGAGGGCAGCGCUAUGUGUAAGAAAAUACAUUUUCUUACGAAGGAGGGUCGUCCGCUUACGCCAAUUCUGAUGUCAUAUUACUUGUUGCACCAGAUAUCUACUGUGUUAUUAAAAGACAUGGUAAGUGGGGUGGAUGUUCAUCGGAUGGCGCAGCUGUUUCAUUGCAAUGAAGUCUCUCUUCAGACAGUCUCUCGGCUUAUUGAUAUAUGCGAGGAGUUGAUUGACACCAUGGUUUUCUCGGACGUGGAAAACAACUUUCACUUCAUACUUUUAUCUGUCUGUGGAUGCUUGCUGACGCAGCAAUUAAAAUGGAUGGGGCGGGCGUGUCCGCCGAGGCUGGUUUCUACGGUGGUGAGUAUGUACGAACGAAUUUGCGGGAACCCAUGUGAUCCCGAAAGUUUUUUGGCCGAGGUUCAGAGUGUUUUUGAAAUACUUCAUCGUGUGUUUCUUGUCGAAUGCGUUAGUCACGACUAUCAGUUCCAGCGCAUGAUAGAGGCUAAGCGGCUCAAGGACGUAAAGGACCUGCUUGUUCCCGAGUAUCUCCCCUCAUUGGUGGCAAGCGUUAUUGAGAAGGAUUUGAACAAACCCUUCAUGGAGUUUCUCAAUCGCCUCAAUGAGGAGUGCCUUGCGGAGUCCGAGUCUCUAUUGAAUGGUCAAAAUCCUUCGUUUAGACCCUCGACGGCAACACUAGCAACUCUGCUGGGUAUUUUUUCACAGAAGAAAAAUUGCAAGUGGCACUUGACCUCGAUCGCCCUACUCAACUCUUUAUGUAAAGGCAUUUUACGCAUUUUUAGCCGUCUCUUCCCUCCAACCUUGCCGGGAAAUAAGUGGAAAGUUGAAGAGCUCGAUAUGUUAAAGCAGACUUCCAUUGGCACCGUCGUGUUCCCCAUCGCCCACUUUCUCACUGACCUCGACAUUGACACCAGUGUUGCCGUGAAGGUAUUAUACUUGCUCAACGCAACACGAGAGGCGCUCUCUGCUUAUAUUCCUUCUGCUCAACUACAGUCUGUUCGUCACUGCUUCACUGAAACGCAUAGAGUAUUUGCCCCAGCAACAACAACACACUCAACUGUGUUUGACUUGCGCCAUGCUUGCUACAUUGAGGUGUCAUAUGAGGGAGCACCACGGGAGACACUUCCACAGGUGCAGGUGUCGCUUGUGGCAAACGACUUCAAGAGGGUAUUCGAGAAAUUAGAUACCGAUCGUGUGGCGUUUGCCUCUGGAGGCAGACUUGAAAUUACCUCGAUACCUACAGGCAAAAAUAAGGAAAUCACACUUACUGUCAAUGCUCAGGUUGAAUUACAGACCCAAUCCACGGACUGGAUUCGAGAGAUGUGUUUUGCAUUGAGUCAAGCCAUUCUCCGUAUUACGCAUCAACUCCUACUAACCGAUCUCCCUGACGCGAUUCUCCUCCCACGAGAGAGUCUCUUUCGCGGUGGACUAUCACCGGAGGUCUUAAAGCAACACUUCGUCAGCUCAGAUGUAGCAGAGCGUUUGUUGGAUACUUCUGAUCGAGCGGAGCUUCUUCAGCUGUGUGAAGGAACAGGUGUUUUGCUUCCGGAAUGGCAGAUAAUGUAUGGCAAGAGGCGAAUACCUCACCAAGAACGUUUGGAACCACUUUUACGUUUAUUUUGUGCCGCGUAUGUAUGGCAUUCGCAUCGUCCCAAACAUGUUCCUCUUGAAAAGUCUUUACAGAACGCACUUGAGUUUAUGCGCAAAAAAGCAUUUCUCAUACUGGAAGCGCUGCAACAGGGAGGUAUGGAUGCCAUGCUGCAACGAUCCCUUUUUUUGCUGAAAAUGUUGAAUCCGCGUGCCAGGCUUGAGGCGAUUAUGGCUGAAUAUCAACAGACAGAGGAGCCGAUUACAAGUGAAUCACGACCUGUAAGCCGACGUUCGAUACCAAAUGUUAGAUCUGUUCCAAGUGUUGCUUCCUCCUCCUGCGAUUGCACCGGAAGUCACAGCUUCAGCUUAAAAAAGUGGUUUGGUGCUGGGACGUCGGACUUGUCAAGUCUUCAGUAUGACACGGUGGGAAGUCUUCUGGGACCACGUCACUCACUUUUGGGUGUUGCACCUAUAAGUGAAGGGAUGCAGUCUACUCCUGAAAAUACGUCCUCACAGAUUUUGAACUUUCUUCUUAGUGGAUAUAAUGGAAUGAGCAAUGAACAACUUGUACAGGCACUUGUGAAAAAGGCUCAGCAGGCCAUGAUUCACACGGCUGCAUAUAAACUUCAAGAAGAAUUGUGCGCCGUUCAAUUCGAUGAGGGUAUGACCUCGGCAAUAGUGAGUUUGCAUCUUCUUUACCGAGAGCUUGCAAAUCUACAGUACCAUGGAUAUAAAAAAGGGGAUUUGUCAAAGGCAAGUGAACGCAUUUCCGCCACCUCAGCUGGCUAUUCUCGGUCCGAUGCCAUGGAACACCACUAUAUUGAGUAUGUGAUUGGGUGUGGCUUUGAGAGAGAGCUUGAGUUGCAGAAUGCUUCGUGCAGUUUUCUUCACUCUGUUAUUCAGCAAAGCUUGUUGAAUUCACCUGAAGCUGGAGUGUACAGUAAACAAAAAGGUGGAGUUGAACCCAUUUCGCUAUGCGCGAUGCUGUGCCAUCCAUGGGACAAUGUGGAUAUGUCCAUCAUUCGCCCUGCGACAGUUUUUAGGGUUCUAAAAAAAUAUAUAUUUUUAGGCCUAGAUGAUGCCCCAGCUACUGCACCGGAAAAUGCGGAUGAAAAGAAUAUCUGGUUUGAGUUUUUAAAGGACUGUGGUAUUUUUAGUCUACUUUAUCGUGCUGUUAUCAUACCCAAUUCAUUGCAGCCUGUAGAAAAAGUCAGCAUUGUGGAGGGGGACACCAUUGGAGUUCAGGUGGAGGAUAUGGAUGUUUGUUGCUUGGCACGUAAUACUUGGAGAGCUCUCAAGGCAGAUACCUACAUGAAUUGUACAUCCAACGAACAUGAUUUCUUUUCAGGCCUAUCAAGUGGAUGCAUUGUAACAGAGAUGCCACAUGCCCUUUAUUUUGAGGUGCAUUUAGAACUACUCUUGAAAGAAGGGCUUUUAGUAUCUCUUGGAAUUACGACUUCUCCAUUUGUGGCUACUAUGCCAGUGGCAAAGGAGAAUGCUGUGGUGUUCUCGUCAGAUGGCAUGAUUUCCUAUGGAACAUUUACCCAUCAAUUUAGCACCAGUUGGUUAGUUGGAGAUGUGAUUGGCUGUGGUAUCAUGGCACCUUUUAACUCGGUCUUUUUUACACGAAACGGAGAGUUCUUGGGAAUUGCCACGGAAUGUUCCUUUCAAAUAAUGCGACCCUUCGUUGCGGCUCAAGCCUCGUCUAGCCUUGUCAAACUCAUUGUUAAUUUUGGGAGUUAUAGCCCUUUUCGGUUUGAUCUUGCAACCUUGCAUGGCUCAUGUCGGGCGCGUCUAAACACAUCUCCCAUGUUUGGUGAUAGCGCGUUUGUGACGGCGCACUAUUUGGUGACGCUUUGCUACAGAAAUCUACUCAACCAUGAAAAAAAUGAAUCUACCGUAAGUGAGGAUUCUGUUUGUGCACUACUGGAAGAAGCAGCCAUCUUUCUUCGUGAAACAGUCAUGGAAUUGGUGCGUCGACUGCGACAUAUCUCGGUGGCUAAUACAGCGUCUUCCACCGCGGUCUUGCGACGUAUUUGGGAUGGAAAUAUGCUAUUGGCACGAUUAUUCAUUACGAUGAAUGUUGUUAUUGAUUGCUUUCGGUUCAAUGCCGUAACAAGUACAACACACUUGGAAGUCCUUCGGCUUUGUUCUUUUGCGUUAAUUGACGCACAUGAUCGCUGGGUCAAGGUUUGCGCCGCGCGUUCUUUGAGGAAUGUAGCUCGAACGCUUCGACAGGAUUACUUUGGAGAGGCGGUGCAGGCUUUGCGACGGUUUAUGACACAGGAGACCAUUGUGAACGCUCUGGUUGAUCUCGCACGGGUGAAACUAUUUGUAGAACAUGAAACACCAGAAUUUGUUCCUCGUUGGCUUGGUGGGACAACUACGGUGAUGGGAAAGGGGGCUUUUUACGGUGCUUCACCUAUGCCUUCCCGAGGCAGGCAUAUGAUUGGAUUUCGUAUCCACCGACGUCAGCAGGAAGGUCGAGGUGUGGGUGCUCCAUUGGGUGGUUGCUAUUACGUGGGUCUCACACAUGGACAUCCGCCCGUAUCGAACAUGACAAGCCUCAUAAGCAGAGAUGAUGUUUACGUAUUGCAAGACACAGAUGAUCAAGAUCAGGUACCACAGCUACUCUUACGUCGUCACUGUAUUCCACGCAAUAGUCAACGUCGAAUAUACGGAAACGAUGAGACUGUGUGGUUGGAGCUGAACGCCGACAUGGGGGAGAUUACAUAUUACCGAGAUGGUAUGGUUCCGAUUGGGUUGGCCUUUACCAACAUUCCAUGUGUGGAUAAUUUAUAUCCUUUUGUUUUCCAUUUCAAUGACGACGCCGUUUGUGAAUUGAUUCAGACCACUACUUCAGUUGAAGAUUCACGUGAGUUAUUUUUGAGUGGCCUACGCCGCAGUGUGGCGGUUCAUACCUUGCAGCAGCUGCAUGUUGUUCCAUACUUUGGAGAUACGGUUUCUCAGUGGAUUCACCGAUUUUUGACGCGAUCGCACCAAGACCUAGACAGCUGCCUUCUUGCCUUGGCAAUAUUAGGCGGUGAGAAGAGCUAUGAAUUUUGUCUGCACGAGACACAUGGAACCGUUGUAGUGGACUCCGUUUUUGAUGUAGAUUCAAAGGCUAUUGUGUACCUUGAAGCCGAUGGGGACAUGCGAGUCUUUGCCACACAACUCUCUGACCUCAAACCUUCCUUUGUGAAACCACUUCUUUUUCCCUUUCGGAAUCCGACAGCCUACGGUGCUGUGGUUGGCUUUUCGCUGAGCUCUCUCGAAAUUUGUUUGAGGCCUCUGCGAUUGUGCCAUUGA